CCUAUUGAUAUUAUUUUUAUAUUAAUAUUUGACUUAUAAUAAAAGUCUCAAUGAAAAAAAUGGGACAAACACAUCCCAAGCCAGAGCCAGAAUCACACUCCAAGCACUCCAAGCCCAAUAUUGAUGAACUUAGAAGAAAUUGGUUCACUAAUCUGCCACCAACUCCACGAACGUAUACUGAUGAUUUUUGGAGUAAAGGAAACGGGCUUUGGUGUUUUGAUAAUUGUGAUAUUGAGGCACUUAACCAAUUUCGUCAGCUUGAACUUGAAUCACUAGAGUUAGAUGAUGAAAAGGAAUCAAAAAUUAAGGAAUUUUGUGCAAAGUAUAACUAUGCUCGUAUUCCAUUAGAUAUUGAUAAAGACGGUUACAUGCGAGGGUUUCUUAUCUUAGAAUUAACAACAUAUUGUAUUGAUGAGGAAGAGUUAAAAAAAUUUGGGGAGACCUUAAUUGUUUGCAUUGGUAAUGAAGACUUUUAUUGUGCACAGAUAUACUUGGGUGGUAGUGGUGAAUUGUACAUACUUUUGGAUGAUGAACCGCUAAAAGUUUUGUAUAAUUACAAAGAUACAGGCAUAAGAAGCUCUGAUUUGUUUUAA